CUGCAGCCAGGGGGCACUGGGUCACCAUUACAUCUAUUUAUAAUAAUCAUAAUAAUAUUGUAUGAGGACCUUUCAUCAUUUGCAGCAUAAUCUGACACUACUUUGCAUCUCUUGAGAGAUUUUUGGACAUUUUAUUUAUUGUAGAGUCUACAGCAAAGGUUUAUUUUGACAUGUAUAAUUUUAUUUCCUGCACACAGUACAAGGACUUGAUGACAAGACCCAUCUCUCUUGUGUUGUGCUUUUUGCAUUCUUGAGGAGUUAAAGCUUGACACUUGUACAGAUGAAGCCCAUCAUGGAGAAAUAUCAAUUAGAUGUUUUGAUCCUGACUUUAAGUUCUUUGAUACAAUCUUAAGAAGUAUUUUUCUGCUUGAGAAUAUAUUGGGGUGACCCCUUACACCCCUUAUAAAUUGGGACUAUCAAAAAACAAGGGGAGAUAUGUUGAGAGAGGAGUGCAAAGCUUUAUUGGAUGCUUUUAAUAAAGUGACAGCAUGUUACAGACAUCUGGUGCUCACUGUAGGUGGUACCUCAGACACCCAAAACCUUCGGGAGGAGCUGAAGAAGACCAGACAGAAAGCACAAGAGUUAGCAGUGGCCAACAGAAACAAACUUACCAGCACUCUUAAGGACAGAAGCCUGAGUAAGGAAGACAAAGCAGAGUUUGAGCGGCUAUGGGUUAUAUUCUCAACCUGUAUGGACCUCUUAGAGACCGAUAUGAGGAGAGCUCUGGAACUGGGACAUGAAUUCCCCUUGAACAUUCCUAAAAAGCACCUUAUACAGACUGGCAUGAGUGGGGGUACCUCUGGGGUGGCAGCCCGGGCUAUGAGUGUUCAGAACAUGAAAUAUGAUGCAGAGCACAAUAUAGAUGUGAUUGACCUUAAGGAUUUGGAAAAUGAAAUUAACCAGGUGGAUGAAAUGAUGUAUGAGAUGGAGAUGAAGGUCAGCGUUCCUCAGUGGACAGUAGAGGCCAAGCAGAACCCUGGGGCUGAACUUAAAUCCACCGUGAGUGCUGGGGCCUCUUCGCCUGGUGUGACCUCUGUAGAAGAACAUAAAGUUAUCUGUGACCUGAGCAAACUUUUAGCUGUGGUGGUUUUUAGCGCCGUCCUCAUUAUUGCAAUUGUUUUGGCCGUUUGUGUUGUGAAACUCUCCUGAGUCCCGAAGA